UUCUUUGCCUUUUCUUGCUCCUUCUGGCUUUAGAUUUCUGUGCAUGGCAGGGGCUCACAUCACUUCUUCUCAAAGCAAGAGUGCCGCUAGUACUAGAUUAACAACGCUAAUCUCAGUUUGAGUUUUGCAAAUAAGGUUUUUUUUGUUUUCCUUUGAGGAUUUCUGGGGAAUUAUGGUUUGGCAAAGAGUUCGUGCACACUGCAAUAAUCAAAAGUUGCUCAAAGGAGCUGUAGUUCUGUUGGGUGUUUCUCUACUUGUGUUCAUCGUGGCAUCAUCAAUAUUAUUCAACUACAGGCGCUUGAAUUACAGUUCGCGCGCGCAAGCUCCUUGCGGUUUGUGCUCUUGCGUUUGCCCUUCAGAGAAAGGAAUGUUUCCCUUGGCUUCGGAAUGUGGCGAGAAUGAUGUGAAGGAGAGCAGAUUGGAUUUGUUGAAGGAGCAACUGAGCUUACAAGUAACUGUGGCAAAGGAAACUUUGGCGCGCACCAAAGCAUCAAUGGGGGAUGCUAAGAAGACCUCGCUGAGAUUCAGCGCCGAGGCCGAGAAGUGCACUGCCGGGGUGGUGGCUUGUGAGCUAGGCAGAGAAAGGGCCGAAGCUGGGUUCGUGGAGGAGUGUAAGCUCGCAGCACUGUGGGAGAAACGAGCCCGAGAAAGAGGGUGGAAGGACAGCAAUAAAGUAUACUUGAACAGAUGAAGGGAACAUGGAACAUAACCAUAGCAGCUAGGUUCUUGAUUAUAGGGCAAUUAUAUAGAGGAUUCAUGAAGCCUUGUGUAAAGUAUCACACCUUUGAUAGUUUUGCCAGGUGAAUAUGAGUUGGAAAGAGGGUGCAUUCUUUAUAAGGGUUAGAUUAAUGUGUAGGUCUACUCUUUUGUGCAGUUCUCACAACUACUGGUUAUCUACUAGCUGCUCUGUUUUGAGG